GAAAAAGGGGAGCGACAAAACACAAACGCAAGUUCUGCUGGGAAAAAAAGGGGGUCAGAGUCGAAUUGUACGAGAGCAUAAUGGAAGUCUUUAACGCUGGAGGAUGUUAUUUACACUCUUGUUUGUAAAUGGUUGGCUUUAAAAAUGUGAAGUUCUGCUUGUGAGUUUGUGCUUUCGGGGCAGCUCGCGACGGGAGCGGUGGGUGAUAGAGAGCAAUAACGCCGCGGUUGGUGUGUUUUGUGUGGUAAAGCUGACAAACCAGUCUGGGUUUGUUGUUGAGCAUCAAAGCAUCCAGAGGACAACAUUCCGCUCUCAGGAGCGAGACAGAACAGCGCGAGGGAAGAGCAGAGCAGAGCAGCGCGAGGGAAGAGCAGCAGCCCUGUCCGAGUGAGUAAUGCUUCCCAUUUUUCAACGAGAAGAUGGAUGAAAAGUCCAACUACAGUCGUGUGCUGGUCGGGCUGCUCAUGCUGCUGCUGUUCGCCGUCAUUGUGCUGCAGUAUGUGUGUCCUGGAUCCGAGUGCCAGCUGCUCCGUUUGGGCUCAUUCUCCGAGCUGCGCGGCGGCGGAAGCGAUGGCCGUGAUGGUGAUCCGUACGUGGCAGAGGACGGAGCUCUGGCUCGCUUUGUGCCGCGCUUUAAUUUCACUCCGCAAGAUCUGGACCGCGUCGUCGACUUCAACAUCAAGGGCGACGACGUGAUCGUGUUCCUUCACAUCCAGAAGACCGGAGGCACCACGUUCGGCCGCCACCUCGUGCGCAACAUUCAGCUCGAGCGCCCGUGUGAGUGUCACGUCGGGCAGAAGAAGUGCACGUGCUACCGGCCCGGGAAGAAGGAAACCUGGCUCUUCUCGCGCUUUUCUACCGGCUGGAGCUGCGGGCUGCAUGCCGACUGGACCGAGCUGACCAACUGCGUCCCGAACAAGAUGAACAGCCGAGAGCCUUCUCAACCUCGCAAGAGCACAAGGAACUAUUACUACAUUACGAUCCUGCGGGAUCCGGUGUCGCGGUACCUGAGCGAGUGGCGUCAUGUGCAGCGUGGAGCCACAUGGAAAGCCUCGCUGCACAUGUGUGAUGGCCGUGCGCCUACACUGGCCGAGCUCCCCAGCUGCUAUACGGGUGAUGACUGGUCAGGUUGCUCACUCGCAGAGUUCAUGGCAUGCCCUUACAACUUAGCCAAUAAUCGACAGACUCGCAUGCUGGCUGAUCUGAGCCUCGUAGGCUGCUACAAUGCAUCAGUCAUGAGUGAUCUGCAGCGUGGCAGCGUGUUACUAGAAAGUGCCAAGCGCAACCUCAGGCGCAUGGCUUUCUUUGGCCUGACUGAGUACCAGCGCAAGACGCAGUACUUGUUUGAGCGUACCUUCCGCCUGGCCUUCAUCGCACCCUUCACACAGCUCAACGGCACACGUGCCGCCAGCGUCGACGUGGCACCCGAGACACAGCAGCGCAUCCGCGAACUCAAUGCCUGGGAUGUGGAGCUGUACGAGUACGCACGCGACCUCUUCCUGCAGCGCUUCCAGUACGCACGGCAGAAGGAGCGACGCCAGGCUCGCCAACGACGCCAGCAGGAGAGACGUAGGAUGCGUGCCAAAGUGCCACACUGGACAGGGGGGAAGGGUAUUAAACCCACUAAAACCCCACCACAAACGAGGCAGUCGUUAGCCACUAGGCUUGCUGAGCCAAAACAGGAUGAGACAGGGAAAGCAUUAGAAGAAGACACAGGAGUGGAUUCGGAAGAUCCAUGGUGGGAGGACGAUGAUGAGAAUGAAACCAUAGAGGACUAUUUGGUCAAUGUUGAGCAGUGGUGAUAAUCAAGUGGGCAUUCAAUAAAAAAUGGGUGGAAUUGCAAACCUUCCUAGAUUUCCACUGGGUUGCCAAGCAAUGCAGUUUCUACACAUUCAAACACCAGAACAUUAAUUUUAUGUCCUAGAUUAGCACAUGGGAAAAGUGCUUUUUUUUUUGUGUCGGAUAGAUGCGAGUAGGAGCUGAGUGAAUUUUGCUGGUGUCUGCCCUUUUUUUUUUUUUAAUACCACACAAAAUCCAUGCGCACUGCAAUCCUCCCUAUGUACCAGUGUACCUUAAAAUCCUUAACUGAAUUUAUGUUGCUAUUGAAUCAAAGAGAUUUCUUUCUUUAUGGUUACUUUUUUUUAUUUGAACUUUCACUACGACAUUUGAUUGUAGGUGGCGGUGUGAUAUUUUCUAGCAUUCUUACUGUACUGAUUAUGUAGCCUCUGGCUUCAAUAUAAAACCUUGUAGCAAAUCAACAUUAUUUGUAAUUCCUAACAUAAGCUAUAUUACAAAUUGUAUGAACAGAUAAAUGUGUGAAUAUGCUGGUAAUCAAAUGCAAUUGGUUGCUACUCAAAUAAAUUUUGAUAUUAAUUGUA